AUGGAUGAACAGAGAAGUGCGUUCCAAAGGAGACGAGCCUUCUACGAGCGUUCACUUAUUCAAUCAAAGGAGCCCCCCGUGAGCCAGGCGUUUGAGGCUUGGCCACAGCACACCCGUGCACAUAGCGCACAGGGUGCCGUAGGCCAGUCUUCUCAGACACAGGCCGGGGAGGCCCCCUCAUUUUUCACAGGGGGGAGGCCAGGUGGCGCUUCUACUCAGCAGCCUUCGGCCUCUCCAGAAGAUAGGGCUAAGUCCCUCUGGGCAAAUCAAUUUGGAUUUUCAGGAUGGAACGAUGGCCUGUUCCCACCACAGGGUCCCCACCAAGUUACCCCACCAGGACCCCAGUUCCAAUUUGGUCCUCGUGCCCAGGUAGCUUCCCUACCAGGACCCCAGUUCCAAUUUGGUCCUCGUGCCCAGGUAGCUUCCCCACCAGGACCCCAGUUCCAAUUUGGUCCUCAUGCCCAGGUAGAUUUGCAUGGUCAGGCUCCCAGAGCUCAGGGUGGCCGACCAGCAAUGUUCAAUCAAACUACCCAGACACCUCCACAUAGCUAUCCACAGGCCGUUCCACACUUUACACAAGCACAGUAUGAGGAAAUGUAUGGCGUGAUGUUUAGGAUGAUGCAAAUGAUGCCAUUUGGAGGAAUUGGACAACCAGCUCCUCCAUACGGCAACCCUGUUGCCGCCUAUGGUGGAUAUUGCCCACCAUGGGUUGGAGGCAGAUAUCCGCCACAAUAUCCUAACACUGUGGCCCCGCAAACCUCUCCCCAAGGACCAUGUGACUUGCAAUAUGGGGGUAGCAACCCUGUGUAUCAAGGCACUGGACCCCAAGGAGAUGGACAAGGAGACCCAGUAUACAAUGAACACAGAAACACCACAAGGCCAUCAGUAAGUCCUGGAUACUUGGGGCUGCCAACAAGAAAUCAACCGCCCCGCGUCACCAGACUUCGGCCUCAAGACCUGUGGUGCUGUGUAUGA